AGAUGCAAACACUAGGCUGCAAAAUGCGAGCUUUGUUUCACCUCUUCCUGCUGCUCGUGUCGUGCCUUCUUCUCUUGCAAGAAGCACAUGCGGCGCGCCAUGGAGGGAUCUCACUAAGGUCUCAACGCAUGGCCCUCCUCCAAUGGAAAGCUACACUCGCAAGCCCACCACUGCAGAUGAGCUCUUGGCAUGACUACACCAGCCCCUGCAACUGGACGGGCAUCAUGUGCGCGGCUGUUCGCCAUGGCCGCCGCAUGCCCUGGGUGGUGACCAACCUCUCCCUGACGGAUGCUGGCAUCCAUGGCCAGCUUGGUGAGCUCAACUUCUAUGCUCUUCAGUUCCUCAGAUAUAUUGACCUCGGCAACAACAGUCUCCAUGGUCCAAUACCAGCUAGUAUCAGCUCCCUGUCAGCACUUUCCGUACUUAACCUUACCGACAACCAGCUCAAAGGGCAAAUCCCGUUUGAGUUUGGUGGCUUGCAGAGUCUCACCCAGCUUGAUCUCUCAUUUAACAGACUCUCAGGACAUAUCCCUGCGUCUCUAGGAAACCUAACAAUGUUAACUGAUCUUGUCAUUCACCAAAGCAUGGUAUCAGGUCCCAUUCCUAAGGAAAUUGGAAGGCUUGUCAACCUACAAACUCUAAAGCUAACCAAUAGCACCUUGAGCGGUUUGAUACCAAAAACCCUUGGAAAUCUGACCCAGCUAACUGUUUUGUGCCUAUAUGGUAAUCAACUUUCAGGGCCUAUACCCCAAGAACUAGGCAAGCUAGUCCAUUUGCAGAUUCUUGAACUUAGUGUAAAUAAAAUUUCAGGUCCAAUUCCAAUCUCCAUAGCCAAUCUCACUAUGAUGAAGAUGCUUGGUCUCUUUCAAAAUGAAAUCACAGGUUCAAUACCUUUAGAAUUCGGCAACUUGCUGAAUCUCCAAUAUUUAGGCUUGUCCAUCAACCAAAUAUCUGGCUAUAUUCCUGGCAGCUUAGGAAAUAUAACCAAGCUAGUACAGCUAGACCUCUUUGAAAAUCAGAUAACUGGUUCCAUCCCCCAAGAGAUUGGCAAUCUGAUGAACCUUGAAAUUUUAGGCCUAUAUGAGAACCAAAUUUCGGGAUCAAUACCAAAAACUUUUGGGAAGUUGCAAAGCAUCCAAAAACUGCGAAUCUACAAUAACAAAUUAUCAGGUUCUCUCCCUCAAGAAUUUGGAGAUCUCAUCGGCCUUGUUGCACUUGGGUUGUCUAAAAACUCAUUUUCAGGACCUUUACCCGCAAAUAUAUGUUCAGGUGGCAAACUUCGAUAUCUCGAUGCCGCUUUUAACAUGUUCAAUGGCCCCAUUCCAAGUAGUUUAAAGACAUGUACGAGUUUGGCUCGGAUUGACCUUCAGUCGAACCAACUAACAGGAGAUAUAUCUCAGCAUUUUGGUGUGUAUCCACAACUCACGCAGCUGCGCUUGAAAUCGAAUAGACUCUUUGGGCAGAUCUCACCAAAUCUAGGUGCAUGUACCCAACUAACGGUACUACAUCUAGCACAAAAUAUGCUCACGGGUUCCAUACCUCCGGUCCUUUCUAAAUUGUCCAACUUAGUAGAGCUAAGACUCGAUUCUAAUCAUCUCACCGGUGAGAUUCCACAAGAAAUUUGCACUUUAUCAAAUCUAUAUAGGCUGACCAUAUCAUUGAACCAGUUAACUGGAUCCAUACCUACCGAGAUAGAAAAACUAAGCAAUUUAGCAUACCUUGAUAUAUCUGGGAACAGACUGAGUGGAUUAAUACCUGAGGAACUAGGGUCCUGCAUGAAACUACAGUCCUUGAAGAUCAACAACAACUUCUUCAAUGGGAGUUUGCCCGGCGAGAUUGGAAAUUUAGCAAGCCUGCAGAUCAUGUUAGAUGUGAGCCACAAUAACCUCAGUGGUGUGUUGCCGCAACAACUUGGGAAGUUGGAGAUGCUAGAAUUUCUGAAUUUGUCACAUAAUCAGUUCAGUGGCAGUAUUCCAUCCUCCUUUGCAAGUAUGGUGAGCCUUUCAACACUCGAUGUGUCCUACAACGACUUGGAAGGACCAGUCCCAACAACACGACUACUCCAAAAUGCUUCAGCAAGUUGGUUUCUCCUAAAUAAAGGUCUGUGUGGUAACCUCUCUGGCAUGCCACCUUGUUAUUCAAGUCCAUUAGCUGGUAGCCAUAAAAGAAUGACAUUUGGUUUGCUCUUGCCAAUUGUUCUUCUCGUGGUUUUCUGCCUUGUUGCUGCAAUUGCUAUCAUAAUAAUGUUUCACCAUAACAAGAGAAAACCACAAGAAAGUGUUAUCGCUGAAAGAAGGGACCUAUUCUCUGUUUGGAAUUUUGAUGGAAGAUUGGCGUUUGACGACAUUGUAAGGGCAACGGAUGACUUUGAUGAUAAGUACAUCAUUGGAAUUGGAGGAUACGGCAAAGUCUAUAAGGCACAACUCCAAGACGGGCGGCUAGUUGCUGUGAAGAAGCUUCAUCAGACCAAAGAAGAGUUGAAUGACGAAAGAAGAUUUCACAGUGAAAUGGAAAUCUUAUCACAAAUCCGGCAACGAAGCAUUGUCAAAAUGUAUGGAUUCUGCUCCCAUCCAACGUAUAAAUUUCUCGUCUACAACUACAUUCAACAAGGAAGUCUCCACGGGAUAUUGGAAAAUGACGAAGUUGCAAAGGAAUUAGAUUGGCAAAAGAGAAUUGCUCUUGCAAAUGAUGUGGCUCAGGCAAUAUCUUAUUUGCACCAUGAAUGCAGUCCAUCUAUAAUCCAUCGAGAUAUCACGAGCAACAACAUCUUACUUGAUAUAACCUUCAAGGCUUUUGUCUCAGAUUUUGGCACAGCAAGGAUUCUUAAGCCCGAUUCAUCAAACUGGACCGAACUAGCAGGAACAUAUGGCUACAUAGCUCCUGAACUGGCGUACACGUUUGUUGUGACAGAGAAAUGUGACGUCUAUAGCUUUGGUGUGGUUGUGCUAGAGCUAGUGAUGGGCAAGCAUCCAAGGGAUCUAUUAAAUGGUAUGUCAAGCGUGGAACAAGCUAUGUUAGUGAAAGAUAUUCUGGACCAACGACCAACAACACCAACAACAACAGAAAAUAAAAGCUUAGCUCUGCUCAUCAAGCUGGCUUUUUCUUGCUUGGAAUCUUCUCCACAAGCAAGGCCAACCAUGCAGGAGGCAUACCAAACACUCAUCCAGUGACCCUCUUCUAGUUCAUGUCCUGUGUAUUGAAUAAAUCUAGCACCUUGUCCAGUCAAUUGUUGAUUUCCUUUUCUGGUUUUGAAAUAAUGGUCGAUAUGGUAGACACGAGUUGUGUGAUCACCAUGUCAUAGUGAGGACCGCUCCAUGAGUUUGUUCGUGCGGUGUCUAAGUCUUGCGUCGCCUUGAGCUGCGCAUGCAUGAUCCUUGAGUCGUGGGAUGGCACGGCUCGCACGAGGGGGCAUGUUUACCGUUCUCUCGGUUAAGUUUGCUAGAUUCAAAUAAGAGAAGAGAAAAGACGAGAAAAGCUGCGGAAAUUUGAGCAGCGCAAA